UAAUGACAAAUGCUUCUUCUGUUUAAAUAUUUAAUCCAUUUCAGGAAUUGACUUGACCUUUGGACCCAAUUUCUCCAGUCUCCUGUAUUUUUUUCUUUUUCACAGAUCAUUUUCGUCUAUUUAGUUGGCCUUCAGGGGUUGGGUCUACAAGAUGAACAUUAAUGCUGAGUCUGAGAAGCUUAAAAACAUGGAGGAAAGGAUGCAAAAAUUAGAAGAAACACUUACCAAAGUAUUGUCUGAGAAUGCAGCUUUAAAAAGCACAGUACGUGACUCACAAAAUAAGAUUGAAUCUUUACAGAAAGAAAAUGAUUUUAUUAAAAAUAACAAGUCACUAUUGUUCAUAGCCAAAAAAGUUGCCUUCUCAGCUGGACUUCUGUCAUCUGGAUUAGGACACACUGGCCCCAUUGGUACUGCAAAAACUCUAGUCUACAGCAAAGUUUUCAGUAAUGUUGGAAGUGCCUAUGACUCAAAUACUGGUGUCUUCAAAGCACCAAUGAAAGGAGUCUAUUACUUCAGAUUUUAUGCUCAUUGUCACAUUGGUACCAAAAUGGCAGUCAGUCUCUUGAAGAAUGGUCAAACUCAAUGCACUGUGUUUUCUUGGAAGCCUGUCACCAAUGGUAAUGCCAGCAAUGGUAUUGUUCUCAAACUGGAGUCUGGUGAUGAAAUGUCUACUCAACUUUGGGCGAACACCUGGGUUUAUGAUGAUGCAAACAGUUACACCAGUUUCAGUGGUUUUCUUAUUUUCCCCUCGUGAAUGUAUUAUUUUAUAACCUAUAUUAAGUGCAGGAUGUGAUGCAUGAUUAUUUUAUGGAAAUUGUUUGUUCCUGUGUAAGUAAACAAUGUUUGAGUAAAAAAGAUAAUUAAAACCAUCGAAAAGAACCAAAAAGAGAACGUUAUUUAUGCUUCAAAGUGAAAAUAUUAAUGUGUGCUUUCCAGAUCACAAACUGUUUUCAGACAUUACAUCAGCGUAAAAUUUAAAAAUAUAAUCUAUGCUU